AUGGCAUCUUUUUUUUCAAGACAAAUAAAUUUUUUGAAAAAAUCAGCUGAAGAAAGACCAGCAUAUUUUUGGAGUCUUGCUAUUGGUUUUAUAGGUCCAAUCGGUGUGCUAGUAAUCCCAGAUAUACGUAGAAAAUAUUUUGGUUAUGAACCUCCUUUACCUUUUCCAACAACUUAUCCAAGACCAAGAAAUCCACCCAUCGGAUAUGAAGAUCCAUAA